CGCUGAACGCGGAAGAGGCGGCGGCGCGAGGACGGCUCGGCUUUGCCCAUAUAUAGUCAAGACCGUUCGCGCUCGAUCAGACCUGCGCGCACACGCCCGACCGGAAGUGACGUGGCCCGGGAGCCCGUGAACGACGAUGGUGUGCCUUGUGUUGCCACUAAGCAUCACGUCCAUCUGGGAUACUUGAUUCUGAAUGGACAAUCACAGCAUUCAGCAAACUCAUAUUUCAGAAGAACAUGACCAUCUCUCAUGGCAACUCUGUCCUGCUGUGUUCUGUCUCUCUUUUAGUUUCUAUGAAUAGCUUAAAGAUCAAUAUCUCAUGUGCACGGUUUUAUGUAUUUGGUACUGGCAGCCAUAAGUGGGAUAUAAUGUACGUUCAGCUGAUCAAUAUUGUAAAAUAACCCACCGGGAUGAUAUAAGACUCCCGGACCACACUGUACUGAUUGUGAUGAUUCAUUGCAAGUAAUAAAGGAAAUGCAUGUGAUGAGUUCAUUUUAGCAGACUCAUAACCGGCUGAUAUCAACAUAAGAGUCAUACUUCAUUUCAUAUAAAUGAAACAAUAAAGAUUUAGUGCUGUCCAGUCGUAUGUUUACCUGUAUGUUGACUGAAUUAUCAGCUAGAAUAACUCAAACCAUUGCUAGAUUGCUUCUAGAUUUGCAACUUUACACUGAAAAGGCGGCACUAAAGCGAUUUAAUGCUGUUCAGAGGUGACAUAAAGGCAUUUACACGGCAAGUACAGCUCUAUACUUUAAUACUAGCGGGUCAGAGAAGUCUGCAAUGAUUGCUGCAUUACGAAACACUGGGUUUUGAGCAGAAAUAAGCAGCCUGUGUAGAGAUGUGUUUAUAUCACACUAAACAAAACACAUUUCUGUCUUGACAUGCAGUGAAACUCCCAACCGAGAAGAUUGACUGAUAUGAUUCAUCCGAGAUCAGUUUGUGAUUGUUCAUGUUUUAGAGUUGUGUCAUUAUUUAUAUAUUUGAUCAGGUGAAGAUUGAACCAACUUUAUAUAUAUAUAGGUGUGUCCAAUAUAACCAAAAUAAAUAUAUAUGAACAUUUAUAACCAAGAAUCAAUAUAUGUUUCCAUCAGAAUGAGUGAAGAUUGUCUGUAAAGUGUAGUGUGUGAGAAGAGAAGUGGACAGUACACACUAAACACAAAACAGUCUCGACUGUCUGUUUUUCACGAGCGCCAUCUUGGCUCAAGUUACGUAAGAGGAAGAAUGUACAGUGCGGGCGAAUUUACUGACUAACUCGCAGCAUUAGAUGAACCAACUGACUAAAACAGGCUGUAUUCUACCGAAACAAAUGUUCUACUCUCCAAAUUCUAGAAUCAAUUAGCGUCAGGGCGAGAAAACACGUUUUUUGAGCCGCCGUGCGUUACGGUAUGCGGGUGCCCGCGUGAGCUGUAGAGCUCUACUGCAGUCAGCAGCCAAUCAGAGCCGCGCGUCGCGUCACGUGCCCCGCGCGCCCGAACCCUCGCGCGCGCUCUGCUGCGCGGUCACAGCUGCAGAUAAAAAAAAACAAUGCAAGCGAAACCGGUGAGAAAAUAGUGAAGAAUGGACGCGUUAAACGCAUCGGUCGCUCUUGUGAGAGGAGGACGCUUUUAAGGCGAGAUAUAAACUAACAGUGUGCUGAGACCAAAGGACGGGAUUCUCACCAGUGAAAAACAGCUAAUGUGGAUUACGUAUUCUUUGAUUUUCGGACAGUAGGAUUGUCCUGACCAUGCGUUCACAGCAAAGUUUCAUGUCGUUCAUGAACAGCAAAGCCAGUACAAUCCCUAGAAAAGACAUUGAUCGCCUGUGCUGUGCAAAAUGUCGCUUUUCCACCAAAGACACUGACCUGUUCGAGAGGCACGUGUCCCAUCAUCAGGAGGUAACUUUCUCCUGUGCGCUGUGCAGCCAUGUGUCCUAUUCUAAAACAGAGUCUCAGAAACACGUUGUCUCCCACACUGGCUCGUACCCUUACAGGUGUAGCUUCUGCUCGUAUGGAGCUGUGCGGAGAGACUACAUGGUGAAGCAUAUACUUCGUAUACACAAGAGAAAUGCGGAAGAAGGCUUCAUAACUGACUUUGCUGUAGCCACCGAAGAUUCAGAACACCAAUCUGUUCCUGAAACUCUUGGGAUUUCAGAUUGGCCUGAAAAGAAUGACCAGUGUUCAGUUCCCAAUUUCCACGUUGGAGUCCCCAGUGGAAGUCAACCCAGCCAAUCAUCUGUUGUUGGCAAAACACUGAAUCAAACCAGGAGUAAUCGUGCCCGGAUGACCUACAGUUUCACAACACCAUAUUUGACGAGCACAUCAACCGUCGUUCCAGUUUCUAAGACUCAGUUCACUAGUGCCGUUCCCAGCUGUUUUCCAAGUGCAAGUCACACAUUAGACAACAUGCCCCAAGUGGUACUUAGAUCACGGGAGGCAAACGGCAACCUACCGAACUCUCAACUCUCAAGUGCCGAUGGAAAAAACAAGGUUACUGUUUCGGAUAAGCUUAUUCCUAAAGCCAUGUUCCCAAGACGUGGUUCUACAGAAACACUAGAGCAAAGCCCAAGGGUUGGUGUUUCAGAAAAGGCUAUGACUGCAAGGACCUUUCCCAGAGUUCAGGUCCGAGCACCUGUUGAGUUGAACACCCCACUCAGAGCACUGCUUAAUACGCCCUUAUCCAAGAGGAAUAUCCAAAUGGAUCAGAGGUCUAGUCAGUCUACAACUGGGACUAACAUUGGGAUACAGAAACAAGUAGUACUUCCCAGCAGUACAAUCAAAAGUCCACUGCACUUCAGUGCAGAAAAGAGUAAUCAGACAAGAAUCAACUCCAGAGCUGCUGUAGGAUCAUCAGCGGAGGCAUCAAGCCCAUUAUCCAGUGUCCAAGUGGAACUUUUGGCCCCUUUGAACCAGCCUAUCCAACACAACAAGCCUUUGACCGUGUCCUGUCCAGAGGAGAUCAAUAUUCCUGCCGGGUGUUUGGUGGAACUGGUCGAGGUGAAAAACGUCAAUGGGACUCGAGAGCUGGAGCUACGGUUGAUCCCACCCAAUGGGACCUCUCCAGACCAGAAGAGCAAUGUGGAUGAACCUUCAUCAACCACAACUGGAAGCAAACUGUCCUUUAAAUGCCAAGUAGCCAAAGGGUGUCCAGUUAGCCCGUCCACGUCUACAUCAUCUCACAAAGUCAAACAGCAGCAGCCUUCAACAUGCACCAAUGUUCAGACUAUCACAAAAACUGCUCAAUCAGCACAUAAACAACAGUGUUCUUCAGGGACGCCAGCUAAGAGCAUGUGCAACCUGAAAACCAAGGAUCCAGAGAUUAUCACACUCGAAGGUCCAGAAUUGAGUUCUGAAAGCCUUCCAGUGAUCUCAUCAGUGUUCUCUCUUUGUCCUACACCUACAGUGACUCAAAGCAUCACAAAGUCCUUGCCAGAAACACAACGCUGGAUGGUCGCAAAGAAAGAGUCGAAGGAUGAGGUAAAGAGUGCAGAUCAAUCGCUGGUCUGUAGUAUUCUGAUUAAAAAGGAGGAUACUGAGGAGAAACCCAAAGGUGCUUCUUUAGGUCUCGAAGAAACAAAAACAGAGGAUAGAACUAGUCAAGGCUCUGUGAUAUCUAAGACUCAUGGUCAAGUAAAAACAUCAAAGAAAACCCUGAACACAAGCCACUCAAAACAAGCUCCAAAUCCAACAUUAGUUUUGCCAAAACGGAACAUCAUUCCAUCAAAUAAAAAUGACAUUUCGCUCCAAGACAAGGCAAUUUCUGAAUAUAAGUCUGGCCAAAACCACCAUUCCUGUGUUUCCAACAUGUAUCCAAAAGUAGCUUUGUUCAGGAUUCCAAGUGCAAUGUUGGAACCCAACAAGAAGCUUCCGGAAGCACCAACUCUGCAGGAGAGUUUAACGGCGCGACCGGUUCUCUGCUGCACACUAAGUGAGCAGAACGUCUCCGGAAGUCCUGAAGUGGCCAUCAAGCUUAUACUAAAGAGAAACCUUUGUGAAAGAGAAGAGAAGCACCAAGACUCACCACCACGUAAAAAGCGCAAGAAAGAAAAGAGGAAAGCCAAGAAACACAGGUCAUCUUUGGUUGGGAUGGGCCUUCCUCGAUUCUCAACCAAACGUCACCAAGAACUGAGGUUAACUCCUCUGAAAGCGAAUCAGCGGAUCAAGCUUCCCGGCCCAAACCAGCCGGUUGUGGUUCUGAACCACCCUAAUCCUUCAGUUCAGAGGAUCAAUGUUGGCAUUCAAACCCUGAAGAACUAUAAAUAUAUUCGCUCAGCGGAUCAUGAGCAAGAACAACCGGCGAGGAAACAGCCUUCAUUCAAGAUGAAACUCAAGAAAGUUAAUGGACAGAAGUAUCAGGUAAUUGAGUUUGUUCUAAAGGGAGUCUCGGAGAAACCACUCUCAUGAAACACCAGCUAUGUAAAUAUUUAACAUAUUGAUUUUUACGGUUUAAAAAGCCCAUGUAAGAUAAUUUUAAAGUUUAAUGGUAAAAAAGCUGGUCGGUGGACAAUGGUAAUUCAAUGCCAAUAAACAUUUAUCAUUAAAAUAUGGUGGGAUUAGGCUGACCAUGUAUUAGCCAUUCUACUCAUAUUGUAGUUAGAAAUAAAAAUAACUUUUCAACAUUACUUACCCGAGUCCUGCCCACUUGACAGCAGCAAUGACAAGCAUUCUCAUUUAUAUGUAUAAUAGUGUAUAAGUGAGACUUUUCUAAAAAAGGAAAAAUGUAAAACUGAACUGCAAAUAUGUUGAAGUUGUUCGUAAGAAGGUCAGAAACCCAGAGGUUUUAAUCAACACUAAUGUCUGUUUUAGGAUGUUGCGUGUCAUUUGUCACGACUGUACAGGAUCUUCAUCUUAUGUUUGGAGAUUCAAAAAUGUUCACAUGAAGUACAUUCACUGGAAUCUUUUCAUGUCGUUUUUAAUCAUAUUACCAGCACGUUAGCAUCAGUGUUAAGUGAGUGUUUUCUGAUUUUUGUGCACAUGGUCUUUGUUGGAUAAGGCUUCUUUGUCAUUUGUGAAAUUCAAACAUAUGACAGACACUAAAAGCGUUUUUGCAAACUAAGUUUUGUGUAUACAGACUCAGUAUUUCACUGUAAACUACAGCACACAUGUACACUUUCUGUCAAAGUCUGUACAUUAAACAGCUUUUCAUUUG